AUAUAAGGCUCGGCGCGUGGUUCUCUGCGCCGGAGGAGCUCGAGGCUGAGGGCUGCCGCGGAGCGGGGAGCGACCGGGAAGCUGGGCCGCGGGCGCCUCAGCGAUGUUUUACUCAGGGCUCCUCACCGAGGGCGGCCGCAAGGAGACGGACAUGAGGGAGGCGGCGUCGCUGCGGCAGCAGCGCCGGAUGAAGCAGGCCGUGCAGUUCAUCCACAAGGACUCCGCCGACCUGCUGCCUCUGGACGGCCUCAAGAAGCUGGGCUCGUCCAAGGACACGCAACCUCAUAACAUUCUUCAGAGGCGCCUCAUGGAAACCAACCUGUCUAAGCUCCGAAGCAGUCGUGUCCCAUGGGCCUCCAAGACCAACAAGCACAAUCAGACUAAGUCUGAGGGACUAAAGAAGUCUGAGGAUGAUGACAUGAUUUUGGUUUCUUGCCAGUGUGCUGGAAAGGAUGUGAAAGCCCUGGUUGAUACAGGUUGUCAGUAUAAUCUCAUCUCUUCAGCCUGUGUGGACAGACUGGGACUCAAGGAGCAUGUCAGAUCUCACAAGCAUGAAGGAGAGAAGCUUUCUCUACCUCGGCAUCUGAAAGUAGUGGGCCAGAUUGAGCACCUGGUGAUCACACUUGGCUCCCUCUGCCUGGACUGCCCAGCAGCUGUGGUUGAGGACAAUGAGAAAAACUUAUCCCUUGGUCUCCAGACUCUCCGAUCCCUGAAGUGCAUCAUAAACUUGGAUAAGCACCGGCUGAUCAUGGGGAAGACAGACAAGGAAGAAAUCCCUUUUGUGGAGAAAGUUUCCUUGAACGAAGACAACACUUCAGAAGCAUAAGUACAGCCUGCAGCAUGUCUGCACGUAUGCACACACACACCAGGUUGACAGAUUGAGAAAACUGGGUUUGAACCAAAUGCAAUAGCAACUUGCUAUGGACCAAGUCCUUCCCUCUAACAGAAGCUCCAGGAGCUCCUUCCCACCCAGACCUCUCUAGACUUUAGUCUGUGCUUAGAGAUAUUAUCUGGUUAUAGCCAUUGUUUUUACUCCUUUGGUCACUUAAUUUAUAGACAUUUUUGACACUGCCAGGUCUCACUUAUGGCCUAUUUCUCUGCUUCUUCCAGGAAUUUGCUUUUAUUAGUCAAGUAUAGGGGCUGCCAGGUUCUAUUUCUCUAUAGAUACAUUUGCUUCUUUUCCUCUAGCUAAAAUGUAUAACAAAUAGGAACCUGACCUUUACCUCCUUUUAGCUGUUUCCAAGAGGUGCAAGAUACCUAUAUGUCAGAAUUAGAAUUUCUUCUAAUUCAUUCAUUGAUUUCUUAAGUACGAGUUAACCUGAAAGAGCCCAGAGAGAUCAUUUAGUUCAGCCCUUUCAUUUAAAGGUCCAGAGAGGCAAGUGAAUUGUCUAAGCUCAUAUACUGAGUCAGUGGCAGAAGGGACCUAGAACUCAGACCUGACAAGCCAAGGCUAUGUUCAUUCUACCAUGCUGCUUCACCUGUCUUCAAGCCUUGAGAGGAGGACAAAAAGGUGAGGGUUUGUAAAAAGGCAAGGUAGGGGAAGAAUAUGCUUUGGGGAUAGAUACUAUCUAUCUGGGUAGCCCUCCCUCCUGUGUGCUAAGCCCACUAAAAGUCCCCUGCCCCAAACUGUCACAUUUAGGCCCUUAUGUUGGUGCAUAAAGGCCAAGGGUACAAAGAUCAAUAAGAUGGUCUCUCACCUUGAACUUGGAGGGGAGGAGGGGGAAGGAACCACAAAAAGAAGAACAUUAAUCACUCUCUGAGAUGGAAUUGAAGGCUUCAUUAAAUAAUCUGAGCUUCAUUGUCAGACACUGAUGCCCCCAAUAUCCAAUCAGUAUUGCUGUGUAGUCUGCUUUUUGUCUUCUAUGGUCUCAAGUAGCUGGGAACAGGAGAUCAAAGAAACCAGAGCAGGUUGAGAAUAGAGGGGAGUACUGGGUAGAAUCAAUUGGUGGUAAGGUCUACAUAGGAAAACCUUUCUGGAAUGGAGAUCAGGAAUAAAACUUCUGGGCAAGGAAUUGAGGGCUGGAAACUCUUCAGCGCUGUCCUGAUACAAGGAAUGAAGCAAGACAGAUGCUGGUAGUGUUAAGGACAACUUUAUCUGACUGCCCAUUACCUCCUGACCCCUCUGAAAGGGUUGGAGAUCAUAGAGGUUUCUUGAAGGUUUUGUGUUGAGGAUCAGCUUGGGCACAGAUAGCUUCAAUGGAAUCUCGCCUUCAUUGGUCAUAAAGUGUUUGGAGAAGUCAGAAAAACAGCCAGCUGUGGGUAUCCCUUUGAAAGAUUUCCAAGUCUACCCUUGGUUUAUAGCAUUAGUUCCCAGAGUGUUAAAUGGAUCUCACUUUGAACUUUGCCAGGUCCCACCAACAAUCUAGCCUAGUGUUCUUCAGCUCCUAUCUCUACUAAACAGCUCUUUGGGACACUGAAUAUUUUUAGGCUUACAGAAGUCCCUAAAGACUAGGAAAUUGGUGACUGCCAUUUAAACAGUGAGGCAGCUAUACUGAAGCCAGUUGUCACUGGGUCAUCCCCACACCACCUUCUUACACCAUCUAUAGAGGAAGUGAGAUGGAAAACUAAGCACAACCACAGUAGGGGAGACCAUAUCUGAAGCUCAGCGGGGGUGACCCCAGCCUACCAGCCUUCAGUGUCCCCUCCUACUUCACCCUGUUUUCUUACCAAGUGGGAACCUGUACCUUUCCAAUGAGACCUCUCCAUUGUCCUUGCCUACCUAUCGUGGCACCACUCUGACCUGCUACUUAUCCUAGGAAUGAAUUGAAAUACUUCACUCCUUCCUAGUUGGAAGUUCCACUCUGAGCCUUGACUCUUGGCCAAAAGUGUGGUGUGUUGGAAGUUCCUAGACUUGUUAAUCUUUAUUUGUUUUCCCUGUGGACCAGUGAGGCCAGGAAUUCUCAGGUGCUGAAAGAUGUGACUGAUUCUGGCUUUUUGAGUUCAGGAUUAUAUGGCUUCAGGGGGAUGAGCAGAUCACCCUUAGAGGCCUCUGAGAAUCAGCCAGUGAUUUUCCAAUUUUGGAAUACAAACAAAUGAAGUGAUCUGAACUUAAGGUCUCAUAAUAUUAAUGUAGUCAAAUGACUAAAAUUCAUUAACCAAAUAAUUGUGUUUUACACUUCAGGCUUGAUAGAGGUACCUUAAAAUGUCUAGACAAUUAUGGGAAGUCUUGAGCUUCAUUAAUCUUCUUUAAAUGUUGCCAAGUUGUAUGCUGAUAGUCUAUAUUUCCUUGAUAUUUAUGAGGGAGCACUGGAUCUACUUUUGGGGAGGCUGGCAAGGUAAACAAGUAAAGUCAGUUCUUUCCAGAAUCCUAGAAAAUUCACUCUGGUGCCUCUGAUUGAUUGUGAAAGAGAACGUCCACUCACGUCACAGUUCUGAAGACAGGCAGCAGCAAAAAGUAAACUGUGGGACUGAUACCCUCUCAUUCCUUAUUAGGUGUCCAUCCCAAAUAUAGGGAGUUUGAAAAGUAUUGUUUUUGUCAUUUGGUAUUUCUAUCACUGACUUACUUGAGGAGCAAAUGUUUUCUGACUUUUCUAUUCCUUACCCUGCACAGACCCCAGCUGGUAAGAUUUUCUAUUCCUUAGAUCAAAGCGCCAAUAGAAUGGAUUGUAUGCAGCUGCCCUCACUCUUGUGUAAUAGAAAUAUCUUUCAGGUUGGGGACAUGGGGGAGAUGAACCGGAUUCCUCCCUCCUUCUGUUGCUAGGCCUCUGCAUUGGCACUUUAUUUGCUCAGUGUUUCUCGCUGUGUUAGGUUUAUUUGUGAGAUUGAUGUAACAAUAAAGUGAAAUCCUCCCCUCUG